AGCAGCGUAGUGAAGUGGCGGGCCUUUUGCGACGACUGCGGACUCGGUAAAUGUCGAGUCGGGGUUAGUGGGGUGAGUGCAUCGCGGGUGUGCCAUCGGACGAGGAAUGCUGGCCGAAAUCGCGAGUUCUGGGAAGCCGUUUUGACAGGUGUUCCAAGAUGAUUGGGGGCCUGUUCAUUUAUAAUCACAAGGGAGAGGUUCUCAUCUCCCGUGUCUACAGAGAUGACAUAGGGCGCAAUGCAGUGGAUGCGUUCCGAGUGAACGUGAUCCACGCCCGGCAGCAGGUGCGCAGCCCCGUAACGAACAUAGCGCGCACCUCCUUCUUCCACAUGAAGCGGGCUAACAUCUGGCUGGCUGCAGUGACGAGGCAGAACGUCAAUGCGGCCAUGGUCUUCGAGUUCCUGCUCAAGAUGUGCGAGGUGAUGCAGUCCUACUUCGGAAAGAUCAGCGAGGAGAACGUCAAAAACAACUUUGUGCUCAUCUACGAGCUGCUCGACGAGCUGCUAGACUUUGGCUACCCACAGAACACGGACACCGGCAUCCUCAAGACUUUCAUCACCCAACAGGGGGUCAAGUCGCAGACCAAGGAGGAGCAGAGUCAAAUCACAUCACAGCUGCUGACCCAGGCCGAAUUCGAAGAAUGCAAACAUAAGCUUGCCGAAGCCACGAAAGCGACCAUGCGCAUCUCGGGCCGCUCGGCCCCCACCAGCACGGCAUGCAUCGGCGUCUUGUGCAGCAACAGUUCGGGUGUUGACUGUAUUUCAUACAUUCUCCUCUUCUGCAGCACAGGGAAGACAUCAAUAGCGAUAGACGACUGCCAGUUCCACCAGUGCGUGAAACUGAGCAAAUUUGAAAGUGAACACAGCAUCAGCUUCAUUCCUCCGGACGGGGAGUUCGAACUCAUGAGGUACCGAAUCACCAAGGACAUCAGCUUCCCGUUCCGCAUUAUCCCGCUGGUGCGUGAAGUGGGCCGCACGAAGAUGGAGGUCAAGGUGGUGCUCAAGUCCAACUUUAAGCCAUCUCUCAUAGGGCAGAAGAUCGAGGUGCGGAUCCCAACACCACUCAACACGAGUGGAGUGCAGCUAAUCUGCAUGAAGGGCAAGGCGAACAAGGCCAGCGAGAAUGCCAUCGUCUGGAAGAUCAAGCGCAUGGCUGGCAUGAAGGAAACGCAGCUGAGCGCAGAGAUUGAGCUCCUGCAAACAGCCAAGAAAAAGUGGAACCGGCCACCAAUCUCCAUGAACUUUGAGGUUCCCUUUGCACCGUCUGGGCUGAAGGUUCGCUACCUAAAGGUGUUUGAGUCCAAGCUGAACUACAGUGACCAUGACGUGAUCAAAUGGGUGCGCUACAUCGGACGCAGUGGCUUGUAUGAGACCCGCUGCUGAUAACGGGGACACCUGCGGGGAGGGCGUCGCCUGCCCGAGCACUCCCUCCGAUGCUCCCCAUGGGCUCCGCUGCUUCCCCUUCCCUCACGAGCUCCUUCCUCCCACGUGUCCCACCAAGGGCAGCGAAUGUUGCUUUCAUGUUAGGCGCCCCAGCUGUGUAUAAAAGUGUUGCUGCGAAGAUUUGUUCUCGCGCGCCCGCCUGGCGGUUCGUUCACUGUGUUACUGGCCUGGCUGUUUCUUGAAGGGGAGGGCGGGCCCCGGAAGUGGCGGCUCCAUGUGCCGGAGCAGGGGCCUCGUCGGGGUGCACCUAGUGCAGCCCCCGCCCGCCCCCCCUCUGGUGCCGACUGUGCACAGAGCUGCUUCGCCGCCCGGCCUGUUGCGUUUGUCCUCCCCCGGUGUUUUUGCCUGCAUGUCGCAUAAUAAAGGUUUCCCCAAAGAUA